CGCUUGUCCGCCCCCAGCGACUUUUGACGCGCCCUAGCCACAUGCAUGGCCUCAGGUCCUGCAACGAAUCUAGUUCCAAAAGACAACAAAUCGACCGGCAUCUCAGAUUCCGAGUCACAGGUUCCUCGGACAGACGCGCCGCCGAAGAAGGAGAGCCCCCUUGUGAUGCAGAUAGUCGUCCGACGCGAUCUUCUCGAGGAUUCGGAAGAGCGGAGCAAAGGAUGGGGCGUGGGGCCGCUGAUGGCGCAGGUAGCGCAUGCCGCCACGGCUGUGAUCCAUGAGACGCGAGGCGACCCCAACACGCAAGCGUAUCUCGCCGAUCUCAAGGGCAUGCAUAAGCUCGUUCAUCAGGUCCCGAACGGAACCGCUCUUGUGAGGCUUUCUGAGGUUUUAACAACGGCGGGUGUACUACAUCACCUCUGGGUUGAGCAACCAGAGAACGUCCCGACGUGCUUAGCGCUCGCCCCGAACCGUCGGGACAACAAGAUCAAGAAAGCAUUGAAGAAGGCUGAUGCUGACAAACUAUGGCAAGGCUGAACUGUACCACUUGAUGCUGUAACGAACUAUGACUUCGUGGUGGAAGGCGCUAUCCAUGCCCGGCAUACCGAGUAUGCACAGAUGUGAGCUUCUAUCUAAUCGCACUCCUUUGGGAUGAUCCACAACAUAUCCCUGGCUGAAUCUUGGACACGGGUUGGUUUGUGCGAGCUCUUGUGUGCGCAUGGUUCGUCCUAGUAAGGACUCAUCAUGUCACUAUUUAACUUCUGGCGGGGUACUGUCGGUGUGCGUAUCCGAGCAGAUCAUCACAUAUAUUUGCG